AUGAGACUGGGAUUACCAGUGUUAAGAUCAUGUCAACAAGCUGUACCGUGCACUUUGUCUGUGCGCGCUUGUUCUUCUGCUUCGCAGAUAAAAUCACAAAUUCCAAUGACUCCUGGGAAGGAUAUCCUUCAGAAGGCGUCGGUCAGACCUUCAAUUCUGAGCGAUUACAUCUCAGACACUCUCCGCGUGGAAGAUAAGUUUAAGCUGGAAUCAUUGGUUACGGUAUCUGACAUGUUCAAUGCACGUCUCCACCUAGGUCAUAAGAUUGGUACGUUGAACAAUAACAUGAAAUGGGCUCUUUAUGGUGAGCGAUUAGGCGUUUGUGUUUUUGAUCUGGAUAUAACACGAUCUCACCUUAUGAGAGCUUUAAAUUUCGUGGCACAUGUAGCGAUGCGCGGUGGUUUGAUUUUAUUUGUCACCACUAAUCGUGAUACUAUGUUUUCUGUGGAAAAGACAGCAGAAGAAUGUGGCCAGUACUCUCACAUACGUCGCUGGCAAGAAGGAACUCUUACAAAUACGCGGCAGCUUUUCGGCGCUAGUAUUCGGCCUCCAGACACUAUAAUUUUCAUGAAUACCUUGACGUCAUUAUCUGUAAAUCACCCAGCUAUUAUUGAGGCUGCGAAAAUGGCUAUACCUACUGUAGGUGUUGUAGAUAGCAACUCAGAUCCUGCUUACCUCACCUACCUCGUUCCAGCCAACGAUGACACUCCUCAAAGUGUCGAGUAUUUAUUAAGGUUGUUCAAAGAGGCGAUCAUCCGAGGAAAGGAGGCACGAAAGACUUAUGCUGGGGAGGGUGCUGCCAUCGUUAGCGUCCACCUCCUGUUUGCGAUGCGUAACAAUGUGAAUCCAGCAAUUUGUUCAAGACAACUUCCCAAGAUGACGAAAAGUCCGUUUGUGGAAGUACCACAGGCAUGGGUGUCUUCUUUUGAUGCCAUUGAAGAUAGGAAGUUAGGUAUAGUAGAUCUGCAUCCCGACAUUUUUCGCGUUCCUCCUCGGCUUGAUAUCUUGCAUAGAAAUAUAACGUGGCAGUCUGUUUAUCGUAAUGUUCAGCUUACGAAACAACUUACUCGGGCUGAAAUGCCGGGAGGAGGUCGAAAACCCUGGCCUCAAAAGAAAACUGGGCGUGCGCAUGUUGGGUCUAUACGCUCACCACAGUUUAUUCACGGAGGUUUUGCAAACGGAGUACGUGGCCCGCGGACAUGGUUUUACAUUCUUCCCGACGCAGUCAGAAUUAAGGGUCUGUGUGUGGCAUUAACUUUGAAACACGCUCAAAACUGCCUCCAAAUAGUCGACAGACUAGACCAGUUCCCUGCUGAAGCUGAUGCCCAAUAUCUCCAUGACUUAGCGGACCAUCGUAAUUGGGGAUACUCCGUACUUUUUGUGAAUGACACCGAUGAGAUCACUGGUGGGCUAGCGACUGCUCUCAAACAAAUUCCAUCAUUCACAGCUAUGCCAGUUUAUGGACUGAAUUGUUUCUCUCUUAUGAAAUACGAAACUAUAGUGUUAUCUCGAAGCGCCUUAGAUUUGUUAGAAGAGCGCUUACUGAGGCAACUUCAUAGAGCUGGACCAUUGAAUAAAAAAUACAGGUAUAUGGACUACAAAGAAAGAAUACUCAACGAGAGUGAAGGAGAAGAUGAUCCUGAGCAGCCUCCCAUUGUUUGA